GAAGAAGAAGAUGUAAACACAAGGCAAGAUGGGGCAGGGGGAGCACUAGCUUGCCGCCAGUGUUUCUGCCCCUCACCUCCCCAGCAUGGAAGAGAAGGUGACAAUCGAGAGGCUGCCGUACGAGGUGCUGGAGAGGAUACUAAGCAACCCGUGUGUCACUGUGGAAAAUAUUUUAAGCUGUUCCUUAGCCUGCAAAUACCUAAAUGGCGUAUGUCAAAGAAACUCACUCUGGAGAUCGAAAUUCAGCUUCCAGUACCCUUACACGUAUCAGUACAUCCUCAGCAAAGAACGGAAGGACUGGAAGGCGAGGUACAUAGCGCAACAUCGGUGUAAGAAAAAACUAAUUCAGUGUAUCCUAGCCCUGUCACGGACGUUCGUGUGGUCGAUGUACCAUGACUACGAGUGGCCAGACAUCCCAAGACGUGCCUUAGCUCUUUACGAAAACCUGUUCUCCGAGGCGCUAGGAGAGUCCAACAACCACUAUGUUCUGGACGAGUGUCACAAUAUACUAAACUCUGGGAAUCCGUGCAUGGAGCUCACCCUGAAGUACUAUGCAGACAAACUCCACAGACACACCUACGAACGCCUGGUGAUCAAAACCAAGUGGGAGGAGUUCCUGGCGCUAGGGAGCUACUGCGAGGAGGGGCUGCUGUGGGUGGUAGUGGCGCUGCGACCGGUUCCAAAGAUGUGCAAUGAGAAAGCUGUGCUGGCCUGCCUCAACAGACUGGCCCAGGAGACCCUUGAACACAUAAAACAGGCCUACCCAGACAACCCAGUGAUCAGCAAAGCGUUUGCCAAAGACGACUUAACCUGCAAGGAUGCGAGUCUCAUGCGGGGUGAGCACUGCAUUGAGAUCCUCCAGGCUGUGCAUCAUGUCCUGAAGCACAAAUCUGGAUUCAGGAUUAACAACAGUCUGUGUGAGAGUGAGCCAGACCACUACUGCAUUGACUAUGUUCUGCAACACCGCAAAGGCAGCUCUAAACUCCUCCUGGGUAUUGAACUGUGUGUGGCCAGACGUCUUGGGGUGCUUGCCGUGCUGCACCGAACCCUCAGCGAUCAUGUCCUGGCCACCUGGAAACUCUAUUAUAUUGGACAGGAUGGGAUGAGUGGGUAUGUGGAUGCUUGUGACCUGUGCAAGAAAGAUCUGUCAUCCAUGUCAGUGGUGGUGGAGGAAUGGCAUGAAGGUGAGGCUGUGGAUGCCCGGGGGAUGUGUCAGGCUAUCCUUCAGCAGGUGGUGUUCCUAACAGAAUGUUGGCUGAAGGGAGAGCGUUGGCAAGCGGGGGAGCCAGUUCUGUAUGACCUGCUGGAUGAGGAAACCUACAACCAGCCCAUCCGCCUUCUGUUCACUGCCUGGCAGCACGUGGAGCACUGGAAGAUGAGCCGCCUCUACCACUACAUGAACCAGCUUCUCAGGGUUACUGGCAGCAACCAGACACAAGGCAAGAUCCUCCACCUCAGCAUCCUCCUGCGCAUCAACUCCAAACUCACCCUGGAGAAGCUGUUGCAGUUCCGCCGUAGCAUGGGCCAGCCCCCCAACACCAUGCGAGACCUCCUGCGUAUGCUAGCCAGUGUGGACAAGCGUGCUCGGACCAGAGUGACAGAACUGAAGUCCCUCCUUUCAUCAGGGUUGGCCAGCUACACCAGCCUCAACCCCCUGGCCAGUGUUCCUUGGCCUCAUGGUUGGCCUGGUGGGGAGAUGGUGCAGAAGAGACGAGUUGACCGCAAGAGCUGGCAAGUUCAGUUUGCUGUUGGGGAGGUGCUGGAGCAGCGUGGAGGUGACUUGUGUGUGGUGUAUGACUGGGAUUCUAUGUGUGUUGAGAGUGAAGACACCCUAGUGCUGAUGGGCGAGACAGGGCUGGCAUAUGGCACUGACCAGCCCUUCUACCGUGUCCUGACUGAUGGCGGGUCAGCUCGGUAUUUAGCACAAGAGAAUCUCCGUCAUGCACACCAGCCGCAACACAUUAAAAACCCUCUCAUUGGCCGCUACUUUACAGCCUUCAUCUACCCCUUUUACCUGCCCAAUCCACAGAAGGCAUAUGAGUACCCAGAGGAUGCCAACAUCCGGGAACAGAAUGCUCUCACACUGAAGCUGAAGUUUGCAUCCAACGAAUAAUUCUUAUAUCAUUGGUUGUUUGAGGGUAUGAACUUUUUUUAAGUAAUUAUUUAUUUAUACCAAUACUUUUGUAUGUUAUCUGGUCAUUCUUGAGUGAGUCAUAAAAUGAAGGAGCUAUGCUUACUUCAGUAUUUUGCAUUUGUAUAGCUUAUUUUGCAUGUUACUAAUAGACCUCAAACCUUGAUGGACUGUGAAGUAUCAUACAGUUUUAGUGUUAAUGUGAUCACAGCACAUGUCAGGGCGUGAGUGACAGGGUGAGAGAAAGUGUAGUGUGGCCCAUUUCAUCAGGCAAUCUUUUCCUCCCUAACUCUAGUUGGUUUCAUUCCAUCUGUCCACUUGGGAGUGCAGACGUGGCACACGUGCAUUGCUGGCUCAGGAUUGAGUGAAAAUCAAAUGUUGUGAUAAAUAUUCAACCUUUUCAUGCAAUAUUAUAUUUGAAUGUUUAUGUAUACAAAAAACCCUCCCACUUUCUUACAAAAAUCCCAAACAUACUGAUAUGCAUCACCAAUAUACCACAUAAGCACACAAAAGCCGAGCUUGUAUCAAACAGCCUAUAGUCAGAUCAUACACGAACAAAUGAUAGCCUUUUAAAACCUACAAUUAUUUAGCUCAUUUCAGGUACCGUACAUGAAAAAUCAUAUGCCUCUGUAAGUGCAAAUAAAAGGUAUUUCAAUUAUUUAUUGCAUGUGAUAAACAUAGGCACUAUUAGAAAUAGCACAGCAUCACAUUCAAUGAUGUUUCAUGCUACCAAUAUUACCCAUGUGAUUUACAUUCAAUGAAUUCUUGAAAUAACUUUCAUUUACUCGCACAGAACCGGAUGCCUUUUUCUGUACCUGGAAUGAGAUAAACUUAUUAAUUAAAGCCCAUUGUUCAUUCACAUAUGAUCUGACUUGAUUGUUUGAUACAAGCUUAGUGUUUUAUGUGCUUGUAUGGUAUAUUAUCGAUUCAAAUCAGCAUGUUUGGGAUUUACAUGAGAAUGUGUGAGGGUUCUUUGUACAUAUAAAUAAACAUUCAAAUAUAUUACUUUAGAAAUAGUUUGAAUAUUUAUCACACAUAGCCAAUGAUAUCGGACAUGCUAGUUUUUAACCACUCCUGAGCUGCCUGUGCCACAUCUCCCAAAAUUCACGCUCUAUGAGUGGACAGAUUAAAUAAAACUGGCUAGUCUUUUCCAUCCUGCUUAUGCAAUACAAGGGGUUCUAUAUGAUGUUGAGUGAUGUAUUUACAUUUAAGUUAUUACUGUAUUUGAAUAUGUACAUAUUUUUUUUCUUUUUAUAAGAAGUCUGCUCCCUUUGUACUAACUUACAUAGUAAACAUAAAACAUUCCAGA